CUUUCGCCAUACGAUAUCGGUUUUCAGUUGCAGUCGCGCUUUCACCCUCUACACUUCGUAUGAAACAUGGUUAUCAAUAGGCGUUGCAUUAAAAAGUAUUUAAUUGUUUUCAUAGAAAAAAGUGCAAUGUGAAUUAAAUCGGAACAGUUUCAAAGGAUGUAUCGAAUGUGUGGAGAGGUUUUAGAGGAAUUCCUUUUUUUAAAUACCAGGGAAUUGACAAAUAUUCUGCCACAGAAAAAUGUCCAAGUUUAAAACUUUUUGCUAGGUGAAGGGUGAAUAUCGAUUAUCCAGCCCAAUUUAACCUGCACAUGUUUGAUCGAAACUUUAACGUACCAGAAAAUGCACUUGGACUGCAAGGGUGUCAUCGAACGAAAGUUACCUAUUUAAAUGCAAUAGAGUUUGUGACGGUGUUGUUAAUGAAUAAACUAAAUUGAUCGUUGUUUAAAGUUCAAGGUUAAUCAAAUAAGUGAAGAUAAGUGAGAUGUAGAACGAAGUGCAUAGGAUCGAACUUGCGGCUAUCAUGUGCAAGAAUUGGAAAGUGAUCGAAAAGUGUGUACCACCAGCCGUUGCGAAACUGUGUAUCAUAUUUGCGACGAGAGCACAAUUCCAAAGCUAAAAAAAUGAAGCAGAAGUGAAACACAAUUUAGCUUAUGGAUGAUAGUUGUUAAAUGCAGAUAAAUAGCCGAUUGCAAGAUAACUGAUGCGCAAAGCGUUAAAUUGGCGUGAAGUUUUAAACGUCCGCUAGUGCAUUGUAUGCAUAUUCGAGGAGUGCAAUUCAAAUGCGUUUUGUGUGAUCGAAGAUGUCGAUGAUCAUGAGAUCUGAGAAUAAAUGCUGCGUACCGUUUUAUGCUGUUGGUUUACUCGUGUUGCCUUGCCUUUCAGCUUGGGUCAGGUCCGAUGAAGCCGUAUCGGCAAUCGGCUCGACACCAGCUGCAGCCGAAGCGGAUACAACACAAUUCGUCUCCACCCUAGAAAGUAUUCACACAACAAAAGUGAUUGAGGAAAUCUCCGAUAAUAGUAUUACAAUUAGCCCUACAGCGAGCCCGUACUGGAGGGAGUUUGCACCCUUUGACAAUGGAACGGACACAAAUCAUUUGGAGGAGAAUGAAACAUUACACAAAAAUUUCCUUGACUUUUCAUCAAUAUCAAGUGAAGCAUCUGACGCAAAUGACACUAGUUUAAUAAAAGAUGAUACUGGAGCUCGGGUGGAAUCUACUACGGUUACCGGUUUAGCAAACAAUGAACUAAGCUUGCAAAAUUGUUCAUUGUACUUCCAAAACAGAACUGUUGUUGAUAUGUCCUUCGACGGUGGUUUUCGGAAUAUGAAACUUGAGGCGCAUUCACAUCCUCCUUUUGAAGCACCAAUUGCAUUCAAGGAUCGAACUGCGGAAGUCAGAAUGCCUGAUUUAUCUAGCUUAUUUUAUUCCCUCGAAGGAGAUUACAUGGUUUCACUGAUUACCAAUAAUGAUGAUUUUGGCGCCAUACUUUUCAUUGUAGACCGUAUUAACGAUCUUCAGUUGAUAAAAGAGAAUGGUACAUUAGGGUUGCGUAUUAUGUUUGUGAGAAACACGUCGGACGCUCGGCAGCGGCUACAAGACGAAGUGGAAUAUUGUAAAAAAUGCUCCCGGCAAUCGAUUGGAAUUUUCAUUGUUCCAUCGUUGUGGCCCUUUCUUCAGCCAUUUGUGGGCUCGAUGGAUUUUAAUAUAUUUCUCUUUCCGGCAUCCGAUGACCUUCUGUAUGCAAUGGCUGCUCAUCUGUUAUAUGAAUUGCCAUGGUCAAACCCUAAUUCUUCAGUUGCUGUGCGCUCGGAAUCAACGGAUCAUUCCAACAAAUUUGUUGCGAUGUGUCGCCUUCAGCAGCUGUGCUUCGAAAAUUUUCCAAGCGAUCACACAAUCUUCAUCGUCUUAGGUCUCACUCCUUCCAUCAGUUUUGCAACCAACGGAACGUUGAUUGUUAUACUGUCUGGUCAGGAUAGGCUUUUUGUUUCAGAUCUUCCGGACGGAUCAUAUAUGAUAGCUGAAAACGACAUUAAUUUAUCUGCGUUUGAAAAUCAGUUGGAGCUGGUGACGAAUCACCGCUAUGGUACAAAACUUUUGGCCAGCGAGUUGUUUUCAUCAGCUUCUGUGUUUUUGAAGAUUGUAGAUCUGUUGAAUUCAUUCAAUCCCACCAACGAAAAUGAUAGUUUGGUUGCCGGAGUGAACUUUGGAGCAAUACUGAGAAACUGGCAGUACUACGAUAAAAUACCCAUGCAAAGUAUUGUAACAGCGUUGAAAUUGGAUAACAUCACGCAUUUGAUGACUUUUGAAAUGCGUCAGAAGUUUAACCCCGGAGGAAUAUUAAAUUUAAAAUCUAUUGCUAGUUCUAACCUAAUAACCAAUGUUACAACAGUUCACAAAUCAAACGAUAUCGAUUACCAUCCAAGUAAGACGAAAAAGUUGGGAACUAUCUUCUACUGUACUAAGGAAUUUGAGAGUCGUCAUCCUGAAUUCGCGAACCCUCAAAAACCUAUUUACUACGGCAAGGAAUAUGCUGAAAUGUAUUGGCAGAUAAAACAGGAGCCAUGGGUAGCAGCUGGUUUGACGGUGUCAUCAUUAGGAAUUCUAUUCUGCUUGGCGAUAUUAAUUUUUAUUAUCGUUCGAAUUUGUUUGGAUGAUGUCAUGGAGGGAAAUCCACUGAGCAGCAUGCUUUUGUUAGUUAGCUUGAUAUUUCAAUUUGCGUCGUUUCUUCCAUUCUGUCUUGAAUACACGGGAUACAUACCGGAGUUUCUUCACAGAGCAGAUAAUUUUAACACAUGGAAUACGUUAUGUGUAGUGAAACUCUUUCUGGUAUCCGUGUGUUACUGCUUCACCUUUUCUAUUUUACUCUGUCGAAGUAUUAUGCUGGCAUCCAUAGGCAGCGAAGGCGGCUUCCUAUCACACGUUAACGGUUAUCUGCAGAGUGUGAUAUGUGUUUUUAGUGCUCUAGUACAACUUGGGCUUUCGUCGCAGCUAGCUAUCGUAUUCCAUGCCAAUACUCGUAACAUUUCGUGUAAUGACAUCUAUUUUGGAAACUGGUUCUGGGGUAUAAUAGCCUAUGAUGGAGUUCUGCUGGCAGCCCUUGUGAUUUUGUCACCCUACGUAUUUAAAUCACAGCGUAAUUAUCGAGAAGGAUUACUUUUGGUAACGGGAUCCAUUCUUUGCUUAAUUAUUUGGUCAACGUGGAUACCACUGUCUAUGUUCGGAUACGAAUGGCGAGAAGCAGCUGUAUCACUUGGAUUAGUUGCUACAGCUACGGCAAUAUUGGUUGGUGUGAUGGUUCCACGAUGUUUUUUGAUGGUUCGCAGCAUUUCAAGAGCCGAUUUGGUGCAAGCCUUACCGUCUUUAACUUCACUGGCAUUUAAUCAUGCGAAUCAAUGCAUGUCUGAUCAGAGUGUCUACGAAUGUGUGAAUCCAGCAAUGCGACAGCAACGAUCGGUGACCGCAGAAACGUUUUUGGAGCAUGAUAUGGAAGAUCCUUAUAUGGCCACCAGGGAAAUUCCUACUUUACCUUUACGCGGUAACCGAAGGAGUCAGGGACCAAACGGAGAAAUAAUUGGAGCGCCUUUUUUCUAUGGUAUCAAUAAUUCAUACAAUUGUUCCGACUCGAUACGAUCAGAUAUUUCACCGAGCAAGAUAACUAGGUUUUAAAUCAGUGCCUUACUCAUUAUUUCUAUUUCUUGUGUCGUUCAGCCAUAGUUUUUUUUUGAACCACACGUGUGAUUGAAAUUUAUCGUGGUGCCUGUUGAAUUAAAAUUGGACGAAGCAACCUAAAACAUUCCAAAGAUAGUAUUUAAGUAAGUUUCAUUGUACAACCUAUCAAUCUAGUCAUCAUGAUCUAGUUAAUGAAUUCUUUAUUUUGUACUGUUCUAAGAUAAGAGAUAAAGCGAGUGAGGUUAGUUUUAA